UCAAAGGUUCACCACCACGGCCCUACAUUGACAUGCAUGGGGGGGGGGCGGCAGGGCUCAGUGGCAGAGCCUUUGCUUGGCACGCAGAAGGCCACAGGUUCGAUUCCCGGCAGCCAGUCGAAAGGACCGAGCAGCAUGUGAUGGGAGAUUCUGCAGAGUUGCUGACAAAUUUAGGAAAGUGGUAAUAACCUCCUGAGUUGGUCUCCGCCAGUCCUGGCUCUUGGACACAACCAAGAAAACACAACCAAGAAAAUCCAUCCUUUCUACUUGCCCCUUCUGAGUAUUGCGGCUCUCCUGAUGGGAUUUGUAGUCCAUUAUCAUCUGGAGAGCCGCGGGUUGCAGACUCCUGUUGCUAGGGAAAUUCUGGCUGCCUUUGUACUUGACCAAAGAAUUGUCCAGCCAGAGAAAACUGAUUUUGCUUCUCACGUGAGUGCUUCUUUGUAGAGGGAUGAGGCUGGAGAUCAGACUAGGCCCCAGGCAUGCCGAGGCACAGCGGGUGCUAUGCCCACCCUCCUCUUGGGGAGGCAUCCGAGGAGACUCCUGUCCCCAGGGUUGGGUUCCUACCUGUCCCCUCCAUGCGUCCACCCGCUGCCUCUGUUUGCAGGUGCUUCCAAGGAUCCAUGGAGGAUUCCACCCGCCUGGGCUACUGCGUGGUGGCCGGCAGCUUCGUGGCUUUCCAGUUCUCCUUCUCGGCUCUCAGUCCCCCGCUGUCCUUGCUGCUCUGCCCCAGCUACUCCACCCUCCCCUCUGUCAAGCAGCGUGAAUGGAACUCCAGAUGUGUGUCCACGCUGCACGCGAUGGUGGUCGGCCUCUUCUGCCUCUACAUCCUGUGGUGUGACGAUGCUACAAAUGCCAACCCCAUCUGGGGAGAGCCCCGCCUGGUCAAGCUGAAUGUUGCCAUCACCUGCGGCUACCUGCUGUAUGAUCUGCUGCUGCUAAUCCGUUACUGGACGACGCUGGGGGAUUCCCUCUUUGUUUGGCACCACUUGGCGGCGCUGUACGCUUAUGGAUAUGUGCUGAGCCGUGGGGUGCUGCCCUAUUUUGCCAACUUCCGGCUUCUCUCAGAGCUGUCCACACCCUUUGUGAACCUCCGCUGGUUCUUGGAUGCAGCCGGGUGCCCCCGAUCCUCCUGGCUGGCCUUGGCCAACGGCCUGGCCAUGACCGUGGUGUUCUUCGUGGUGCGCAUCGCUGUCAUCCCCAGCUACUAUGCGCAGGUGUUCUCCUGGUACGGCACGCCUGAAUACGAGCGUCUGGGCCUCAGUGUGCAGCUGGCCUGGAUCGGGUCCAGCCUGGCUCUAGAAGUGCUCAAUGUGAUCUGGAUGUAUCGUAUCACCCGUGGCUUCUACCGGGCCUUCUGCCAGCCCAAAGCUCACAAGACGGCCUGAAGACAGAGCACCGGCAGGGCACGUCUGGUGAUGCAGAGCCAAGCUGGGAGCCAUCUUUUGAUUAUUUCCAACCCCCUCAGGCAUCGCUGUGAGGGCCGGGCAGGCACCUUCAUCCCCACACAACUGGGGCACUUGGUUUUCUGCCCUAUCAGAAGAUGAUCUUUGCCACGCGGACCAGACUUGGCCACCGAGUCCUGGAGGUGGGGAAUCUGUCCCUCCCAAAAGCAUCUGACACAGCUGGGAAUGCCUGGCAAAGUAUCCAGGUAGUUGGGGCAGGUCAGAGCUGGAAGCGGAGAUUCCCGGCACAUGCAUCUCAGCCACAGCUGCUCACUGCUCGUCCAGGGGAUUUGCAAGAGAACCCAGUCGAGCCGGGUGGCCUUUUGCACUCCUGGAGGGAACUUCACAAGGCAGGAAGUGGUGCGACCUCGGCAGGACGUCUGCCCCUCGGGAUUGGGGAGGUUGUGUUGCCUGCUGAUUAUCGGGAAGGGCUGGGAUGCCUUAGGAGAGCCUUGUGCCUUACAAUCUCAUUUGGCCCAGAACAUCCUGGCAGUGUGUCAGGAGGGGCGACCGCUGGUUCUACAAGAAUCUGAAAUGGCCACCGCUUCUUCACUCAAGUUUUUGCAGUCAAUCCAGACCAAUCUGUCCCCCUGUGCCAUGUUGUUUUCAGGCCAGGUUUAUGGGCAUUUUUUUGUAGAUUAAGUUAUAACUGCCCUACCAGGCUGUCCCACGUGGAGGGCCAAAGCACUGUUUGCUUCUGUUCCAUUAGCCUUUUAUCUCCCCCUGCCCACAGCCUAGAUUACUUCCUGUUGGCUGAAGAAGAGGAGCUUGGAUUUAUAUCCCCCCUUUCUCUCCUAUAAGGGGGCUGACAAUCUCCUUUCCCUCUCCC